AUGACCAGUCCUUCCUGCCGACGACGUGAUCUUCCAAAACUUCGUUCUCAAGACUCCGCUGAACUCUCGUCUCAUCAUCAACAAUCUGGUCUUCCACAAUCUUCUAGCUCUGUGACCAGUCACCACCAUUGCUUCCGUCAAGACCCCUUCCGCCUUAGAAGUUACCUUGGAAGCAGACAGGCAGCUUCGGUGGGAAGCGCCGGGAACACUGCAGCCGCUGGAGCGCUCGCAGCGGGCGAGGACACAAACCGAGUGCUGUGCAUGGCAGGAGGGAUGCCCUGGCGCCUCGCAGUCAUGUUGGUGUGGGCGUUGUUUUUCGCGUCUUUGACGGCCGCCGCGGAGAGUGAUAGUUCCUCUGCCCUCGUUGCGAAACUCACCGUAGCGAAGCUGAAGGAAGCCAUGAAGGAAGUGGUGACAGAAGUGCUCAACCAGAGAGACCGGAGCGCGAGGAACAACGCAGCCACGGAAAUUCCUCUGCACAACAACUGCACCGACUCGAGUGAAUACAACGACUGCCACUUAGUUGUACGGAAAAACCUCUGCAAUAACACGGAGUAUUUUGCUCGUUACUGCUGCCGCUCGUGCACUCUGGCCAAGCAGCUUCCCACUUACGGCCCUCAUCUGCGGCAUGUGGCUGAAGCGCCCAUCGUGGCCACCAUUCAGAGGGGGAAGACAGUGUUCCCACGCGGGGCAAAGGUCACCGUAGACUGCGACGUGGCGGGGUAUCCGGCGCCAGAAGUAGUGUGGAUGCGCACAAAUUAUACCAUCACGAGUUCGGAUAAAUACCAGUUAAAGGUGAGAGCGACACCCGGGACUUUGAUCCAGAAACUGCAGGCGGAACUCUCCAUCAAAGAUUUCUCCAACGAUGACAUGGGCAUCUACACCUGCAUGGCCAUCAGUCGCGUGGGACUCACCAAAACCAGUAUUUAUCUGUCUCAGGAGUUCCCCGUGCAAGCGGAGAUCACAACCGAAGUCAUCACCUACCCUGUCGGGGAUGACAUAACCCUCAACUGUCAAGUCAAGUCAUACAUGCCAUCCACCAUCGCCUGGUACAAUGGCGAGGAGCCGAUCGUGGAAUCCGAAAAGUUUAAAGUAGUAGAUAGGAAAAUGAAGGAAAACACUUUCGAAGUGUUGCGCAGCAGACUCACCAUCGUCAACGCCCAGAAGAAGGAUUCGGGCCACUACGUGUGCCGCGCGGCGAACGAGGAGGGGAUCGCUCGCAGCUCGAAGAAAAUAUUCGUAUCAGAUGCUGUUAUUCACCCGAACUGCACCGACAUCGCUGACUCGAAAGAGUGCUCGAACGACUACUCGCGGUGCAGCCACCAGGAGUAUGUCGCCAAGUACUGCUGCCGCACAUGCACCAUGACGGGGAUAUUGCCGCCUUGGGGACAGCAUCUCAUGACGGACGCGAAAGCGCCUCUGGAGGUGGACAUCACUCCGCCCUGGGGAACCUUCCCCUACGACUCCGAGGUGGAGCUGCACUGCACGGGCGGCUCCUACCCGAACAAGCCGAAUAUCAGGUGGAUGAAGGACGAGACUCCCAUUCAGGAAUCCGACAAGUAUCAAAUAAAGGAGGAGGUGCUGCAGCGCUCCUUCAAAGUGCAAGUGGUCUCCGUCCUGCGCAUCGCCAACGUACGCGUGAGUGACUCGGGCCGCUACCGGUGCGUGGCGUCGCGCGGGUCGGAGGUGAACGAGGAUUCCGGGUUGCUAGCUCGACACGAUUCCUGA